UAUCUCCCUUCGACUACACUGGUAUCCGGUGUAAUGUAAACAUCCGUAAACACCACUUUUACUUCUUGGGUGCUGAAUGGGUCAAGGUCCUUUGCCGGUUAGAGAUGUAUUUUCAAAGGGGACUUAGGAUCAUUCGUUUCAUAACAAAGACCAUGCAGAAUCUUAUUCCAACGACAUCAUGAUGUUCUCCUGUAUAAUUCAAUAAUCUCCUGUGCAGUCACACCAGUUUGAGCAAUAUUUUCAAAAUGGGUGGUACAUCAAGCACACCUUCUGACGGCACGUCUCCACAGAUUGCCCGUGACCUGCGUCUACUGUUAGGGAACUUUGAUAAACUUGACCCCAUGACCCAGAGAGUGGUGAGUCUUGGGAAAAAAUGCCUCACCUCCACCAUCUUAGAUUCCCAGAAGAAUAACUUUAAGAGAUUAGAGGAGUUUAAUGCUGGGUCGCCUGGAGCUCCUAUCCCAGUUCCUGUGGGUGGUGCAGAAGCAAGUGGUUCUACAGCAACAGCUUCUGAUAACUUUUCUCCUGUAGACUUUGAAAGUUAUCCAUUUGAUGACACUACACGGGACUCAAAAGAUUUGCCUGAACACAAGACAGAAUGUAGCCAACAUCACCUUGAAGGUGCUAGUGCCAGAGGCAUGAAGCAGGAUGAGGAUGCAGGGCUAUUUCUGCCGCUCACACAAGCCAGACCAAUAUACCUUGGUCAGACAUAUCCCAGAUGGAAAUAUAUGUACAAACUUCAGAACAUGUAUGCACUUUGUGUUCCAACAAGGAAGAUCAUUUACAUCCAACCAAUUGAUGAAUUCCCCACUUUCAUGAAGCAGUUUAGGAUUUCAAUGAAGUCAUUAUCAUUAGAUGUGUUCAGUCUUCUGCAAGGAUUCACACAAAUAUUUUUCAGUGGGCUUGAUGUGACAGUAUUGCCAAGUAUGUCCAUGGAGAGACGGGGAUGGGCAAAUCAUGUAAAGACGCGAUUUCACAAAGUGACAGAACAGAAACAGUACAGAGCCAAGGACUUUUACCCCCUGCUGCAGAGCAGUCUUCCUUCAGAUGGUCACUGUGUCCUUGGACUGGUGUGGACAGAUCUGUAUCCCGAGGAUGACCUGAACUUCACCCUUGGGGAAGUGUCCUUUUACCAUCGAGCUGGCAUCUUCUGUUUCGGGAGGUUUGAAACCAAGGGUUUCAAGAAGGAGACACAUAAGGACAUCACUGAAGUAGAUGGGUUCCUCGUCUGGAAACUUAUACGAGCCAUCAGCCAUGAGUUGUGCCACCUGUUUGGUCUCCGCCACUGCACCUACUUCCACUGUUCUAUGAACGAGAGCACCUCACUAAUGGAGGCCAUGGAUCAGCCCCUCUUCCUAUGUCCAGUUUGUCUGCGGAAGCUGCAUGAGGUGUGUCGCUUUGAUGUGCUUGACCGCUACCAGCAGAUGCUGGGCUUCCUGUUGGAG